AUGCCCGCUGCACCAAUCAUAGAUCAUCCAACACGAGCGCCUCGUGCCACUACUCAAGGUGAUGUUAUACAGAUCGCGCCUCAAAUAUUUGUCCCCGAUGUCCCGGCCGGUGGAUCGAAUGCGAUAUCCGACGACGAUCUAUUGUGUAUGAAAGCAAUGGACGAAUUUAAGGAUACAGAUUCAUACACCGUUGCCGUUAACGGGAAACGUGUUUCGACCGCCAAUACCACCUCAGCUGCUAACGCUAAAAAAAUUAGAUUGAAUCUCGUCAAGUCACCCGGGUUUGUUGAGAUUUUGUCGUCCGAAAACCGUAAAAUAGUUUGGUAUUAUGCUAAAACUAUUACUAAUACAAUGAUUUAUUCUGACUUUCUCCGCCCGCUUAUGCCUGAGCUAGUCAAUUUAUUGAAAACCCACGUGAAAAAACAUGCAAUUAAAUUCAAUUUGAAACUCGAGGCAACAUACAACCGGCCCAACGUACCAAACUCGUCGGAGAACCGGGCAUUCAAGACUUCGGCGGUAGAACUUUAUCCGGAUAGUGACAUUAGAACGAUUGUAGAGAGGGCGUAUAUAAAGUUGAUAAAGGAGAAAGAUGAGUACAGUGGGAGGGGGAGUGGGUUUUCUCUAGAGUCAAUAGACGGUUUGUUGUUGGCGAUAUAUAAAUAUACACCGUUGGGUGGCUCGUCGUAUAUCGAGUUGCCAACGUAUAUCGACAGGAAACAGGGUACAAUAAAUCCAAACAUAGACCAGGAAUGUUUUAAGUGGGCAAUUUUGGCGAGACAUGCGGCAAAUAAUGUAUCCGAAAAAUAUAAAUAUUGUGUAGGAGAAAAUUAUAGAAAGCACGCUGAUAAAUAUAAUUUUAAUGGACUCACCUCCCCCACACCACUAUCCGAUAUUAAUAAAUUCGAAAACAAUAACAACAAUGUCUCCAUUAACGUAUACGGACUAGAAAAAAAGUUACAAAUACCGAAAUUGCCCAGGUCUGAAGUGUACCCACUGCGAGUAGUCGAUGAGGAGAAACCAAACCACUUUGACUUGUUGUUGGUGACGGACGACAAAAACUCACACUAUGUGUAUAUUUCAAAUUUUUCCCGGCUCGUUAGACGACAAAAAACAAAACAUGAAGGGAGAGUAGUGUUUUGCAAGAGGUGUUUCACAUCAUUCGAUGACAGGCUGCAUAAAUACAAGUUGAGCGGACAGGAAGCGCUGAAUCAACACAAGCUGAUUUGCGGAGAACACACACCAAUUUUACCAGAUAUGCCAAAAGAGGGUGAGUGUACUGAAUUCGAGGCGUGGAAGAAGACUCGAAGACAUCCCAUAGUAAUUUAUGCAGAUUUUGAGACGAUAUUGACGAAGACUGAUGAGGGCAAAGGAGACAAAACGAGGAUAUUACAUAGACAUGAAGCGAUGAGCUAUGGACUCUUUGUGAAAGCGAGCGAUAACGUACCGCAGGAAUUAUUGGAGGAACAUGACAUACCAACAGAGUCAAUAUUAUACCGAGGAAACAAGAAUAAGACAGACGUGGUGAGGCAUUUUGUUGAAACCGUUACUGAGAUGGCGCUAAAAAUUGAAAAAUUAUUGAAGACCAAUAAACCUAUAGUUUUCACGCAUGAACAACGGCAGUCGCAUGAUUCAUGGAAUUUAUGUAAUUUAUGUAAGACUAACUUUACAUACGACAACCAUAAGGUGGCGGAUCACUGUCAUCUCUCUGGAAAAUACCGGAAAGCUAUAUGUAACGCGUGCAAUCUCAAACUUCAAACACCAAACUAUAUACCUAUAUUUUUUCAUAACCUGUCCAACUAUGACGCGCAUCUAAUAGUUACAGAACUUGGCCAUGACACCCAAGCUAUUAAAGUAAUACCUAACAGCAAGGAGAAAUUUAUAUCAUUUACGAAAUACGUCACAAACACCUUUUCAAUGCGAUUUAUAGACACGUUCAGGUUUAUGGCAUCAGGACUGUCAUUUUUAGCAAAAAAUCUUGUGACACCAGAGCUUGAGAAUUUCCGAGAAACCGCGAAACAUUUUGUCGCCGGAGAUAUGCCGUUAGUGACUCAGAAGGGGGUGUACCCAUACGAGUACACAGAUAGCUGGGAGCGAUUGGAUGAAGAACGAUUACCGAGUAAGAGGAGUUUUUAUAGUACGUUGAAGGAGACGAGGAUAAAGGAGGAAGACUUUGAGCACGCGAAGUUGGUUUGGGACCACUUUGGCUGUACGACGUUGGGCGAGUAUUCAGACUUAUAUUUGAAAAUCGAUGUAUUGCUGUUGGCUGAUGUGUUCGAAAACUUCCACGACGUAUGUAUGAGGGCAUACAACUUGGACGCAGCCCACUAUUUCACCGCCCUAGGCUUAAGUUUCGAUGCGAUGCUGAAGGUAUACGUGGUGGAUUGGUUCAAGCGAGCAAACGAUAUGCGAAGGCGAAUAAUGCAAAGACCCCGGACUACGAUGAGACGAAAGAGAAAUCGUGGAUAG